CUUCUUUCAGGAACACUCCGGGGGAGACGGUAGCAACUCGUCUAUUGCCGAAUAUGAUGAGGCGGCUCUGGAGCGGAUGAGGCAGAAGCUGCUCGCGAAGAAGGAAUAGGUGGCCCUUCGCGACCCUGCGCCGAUGCCCAUCAAACGUGCUUCCAGCACCAAAUCACUAGAUCGAAGCCCGACCGCAGCGUCACAAGGGACCAGGAAGCGGCCGUCUCACAUUGUUGACGAUGGACACGCAUCCAAACGCAGGAAACAUCUUGUAUAUCCCCUCCGCCGUGAAGACGUGAGGAUCCAGAUUGGUAGCCAAGAGAGACGGCCAGGAGAAACCUCCAGCAUCACCCGGUCCUGGGUCACGCCUCCAGUCCCCGAUUCGCAAUCUGCGCCGAGACGCCAUGCCAAGCCGCCGAACCCGAGAAGCACAAAAGAUCACCUGGUACUGAGCCAUAUACCGCCAGGCGACAAGUUGCAGCGUUCCUCUUUACCAAUGAGAGAGCCAUCAAGUGACCAGAGCGAGAGCGGGGAGCGGCGCUGUUGCGUCUCGAGCGAUGCCGAUGGCCAUAUCUUGACGACAUCCUUCCCUUUGCUCUCACACCCACUCUCGGUACGGCCAGUGCCCGAGGCAUUCUACGACCCAGAAAGAUUUGACUCCGAGACCACGGGCACGGCUGCCGCACAGGUUGGGCGAAUCGUCUCCCCCGUGGCACCCUCUCAGAGAAUUGAGAAUAUCCGGUGGCAUCAGUGGUUAGGUCAGCCAAGCAGCCCUGUCAGCAGCCAUGUUGCGGUUAAAGGGAGCAAGCGAUCGCGAGACUACAAAGUCAGCCCGGGGGUCAGUGAACGCCGUCGGCCCGAGCAGAAACCGCAUAUACCCUCGCACCCGCCGGGUGGUUUGCAGCCCAGCAAGCCAAAAAAGGCCAAUUCCGGGAGAUCUCGAGACCCCGCUAAGAUGCUCAGUUCCAGCAACUCGUCCGAGAUCUUGAGUCGAUACGAGGGGCUUGUGGCGAGGCUUCGGCAGCUGGGACAGUUCGAUACCCCAGAGUCUAACGGCUCGCCGAGCGAGCCGCCUAUUGGAGUGGGCACAGAGAACACCAACAGCAGCAUCAAAGGCCAUGGAGAGAAGCCGGUGUGCCAUUCCAGUUCCCGCGUCCACGACGGAAGCAGCUUUGCCACAGAGUCUGCAAACCCGGUACAGAGGAUCGACAGUAGCAACGCCAAUGUGCUCGAUCUUGAACACAGACCUACUAAACGCUCAUCUUUGCAGGCUCCAUCAGCAGUACCGCAAGAUCAUGCAGAACCAGAAGGAGCCGACCCCGACGAGGCGUGGAAAACAUUCGUCUUCGGUGACAAGGACAGCGACGAGCUUGGAAAGGCGGCGUUCGAGGAGGCCAGGCAUGACGCAGUACGACAUUUGCAGCCAUCAACAUCUCCGACCGCCAUUGAUGAGGGACUCGAGUAUGAUGGGCAGAGCAACAUCGUAACAGUCGGCACGCUUUACACAAGGCACGAUAACGAGACGUCAAUCACCGCAGAAGCACGCUCUCCCUCCGAAGCCUUCGGGGGCGUGAACAUUUCCUACGAUGCAUCCUCGAUCGAGAGUGCAUCCCCAUCAGUCAUCAGUGUCUCUGAUGAGUCUAAUUCCCCCUCAAGCGUGGAGGUCAAUGCCGGGACCAGCGACGUGUCAGGGCAAGAAAGCAUCGCUGGCGCCUCAGGAAGCUUUGAGCCUAGCUCUCUCCCGGAAACGGAGAUCAGCGCGUCCCAUCUGCAUGUCGGCACGCCUUCCAUGACAACCUCGAUGGCAGUUGCACCAGCUCAGUCCGACAUGGUGCCCAGCGAAUCGGACACUGCAGGGGAACACUUUCGAUUCAGUCAGCCCAAAAUAUUUGUGGGCCGCUCGAGCCUGACGCAACCCAAACCUGUCACAGACCGCGGUCCCGGAAUCACCUUGGCAAAACGAAGGACAGGCCGACCGAGGAGGCGAGCAAACGACGGCCGGGCGGAUAUCCGGGCUCUCCCCAACUACAGCAGUGAUCCAAUCGAGGAUUUUGAGGAGGGAAAACGGCCCUCCCGGGGGGAGCGGGCGCCCAGGUCGCUCUUCCCUGCGCUUGAGCUCAGUUGAGGCUUGCCAGGGGAAGCUUACGUCGUGUGCCGGGGUGCAGGAACAAGAACUUGUGGUUUCGGGUGCUUUGCUUGUGGAGGAGUGUUGGUUGAGACUACCGAGGCUGCGCAUCUUGCUCCAGCUGGCUCCAAUGAUACGUCCUGUCAAAGUCGUCUUGAUUUCCCUCAAGGAGUCAUAUCGGUUCUCAUUGCUCUUGGAACUAUGUAGCAGAGCCAU